UACAUCUCAAACAUAGUAGAAAUGAGAGUAGUGAGUUUUAUUCUUAAAUAAAAUAAUAAAAAUCAAGUCCAAAUGUCGUUUUAAACCAAAUAUUGUAGAAUGUCGUGAAACUCAGUUGGAUAGGGUUCACGGAAAUAUCGUUUGAUGGUAGUCGAGGAAUGACAUAUGAUGUCGGAGUACGACCUGCAGUUCCAAGCGGACCUGGAGAAGGCUCAGGCUCUGAGUUUAGAAAGUCUCGCGCUUGAGCAGUUCCGGAGGCAGAAGCUCGCAAACGCAGGAGCAGAUAAUGUGCGGUCGGCGAGCGUCAGUUCUCGGCGUCGAGAGGACAGCGAGGGUCCGCCGCCAGCGCUGCCGCCGCCUCCGCGGAAGCCAGCGCGAGCUCGACCGAGCGUCAACGAUAACUCCAGUAGAUCGACAGGUGCGAGUCCUACCCACGACGACAGCAGUGACCUGAUAUCGUUCUCGAGUCCUACCAGCAAGUCUGCCCCGAAGGAUGCUCACGCCUCACUCAAGGAGUACAUCGAACAGAUCAACAGGUUAGGCCAGCAGACGGAAGAGCUCACACUAACCCCGGAUCAGUCCCCCAUCGCUAUGAACAACCAGCCACCUUCAUACCCCCCGCGGCCGGGAUACCCACCCACCCCGGGCGGACCGGGGUACUCACCACAGUACCCCUACUACACGCCCCCACCGUACACUAUGCCCCCGUACCCCCCGGGGCCUGUCCCUUACAUGCCUACACCUAUGCCUACCCCAAUGCCGAAUUACCCCUACUACGCUCCUAUGCCUCCGGAUCCGAACAACCCGUACCCCCAACAGAUAUAUCCGAACGUUCCGUACACCCAGACGAGAAUGGCGUCGCCGUCCCCGUAUGUUCCGUACCAACCUGCGCCGGCGUAUAACUACAGUACUACCAACAUGAUAGCGCGUCCGCCGCGACCGACGUUAUACCCCAGCCUGAGUCAAGUGCACGUGUACCCGCCGACGUCGGCAGCGGCGAGUCCAAGCGCCAACAAUAACCACACGGCGGUCAAGACUGAACCGUCAAGAGACAGCGUCGAAAGUAACGCGUCGCGGAAGUCGUCUGAAGUCAGUGUUGGGUCGAACGAAUCAAACGACACAGUGGGCAGUUUACCGAAGUCACUAAACCUGAUCGACUUCGGCGGGCGCGGUAAGGCGGCAGGUAGCGUAAGAGUCAGUGUGCUUGAGGCGUUUGAUCCGCUACUAACUGAGACCAACAAUCCUGAAUACGCAGUAGCAAGCGAGUGCUCUAGCAGUGUGUAUGAAGAGUACGACCCUCUAGAAUUCUUAUACGGAGAGACAGAGAUGCGAGAUGCGCCCGUAUACGCCACCAUAAGUAAGAAAGAGAGCACACUACCGUCGCCGCCGCCUAAGUCGAUACCGUCCGUGCCGGCCGUGUCCAAGAGAAAUACUAAUACUACUAAUAAGCUGUACGACUGCAUAGUGAAAACUCGGUCAAGAAAUUACGACAGCGAGCACAGAGCGUUUUUGAAAAUGGUUCUUGACGUUAGAAAAAGGUUCACAUACUCCGAUGAGAAGUCGAACCCGGGCCACGUGAUCGCGGCUCGCUCCGGCGGCAAGUAUCCGCCCAACACCAGCAUCAAGAUACUGGUGCACCACGCGCACACUGACGAGCCUAUUACCUUCACUUCUGAUGUGGAGUCAACUGUAGAACAUGUGAUAUUAACUGUAGUUUGUUCUCUCGAUGAAGACAUAAGAGAGGACAUGUCUGGAUAUAUGCUGAGGGUAUGGGGUGCUAAGGAAUACCUAACCCCGGGGAGUUCCCUAAGCGAAUACGAUUACAUUCGCGAAUGUGUGCGACUAGAGAAAGACGUGCGUCUAUGUCUGCACGAAGGAAGAGACACUUCUCUGGCGAGAUCUGAACGCGACGACGUUAGAGACUCGCACCUAACCCUCGACGAUCUGAUGCCCAACCAUAAUUACGCCACGCCGAUGCUGUCCUUUGAUAACCUCUCUAUCUUGCUUGAGACCCUAGAAGGCGAGUUGUCGCGCGCAAUAGGCGUGACGGGCGCGGAGGGUUCGUGCUCGCCUAAGGCGGUGUUCCAGGCGGUCAAGGCCAUCUGCGCCCUCGCCGGCGGGGUCGAGACGUUGCAUCUCACGCAUGCGCUCAACGCCUUCGCCCAGAGUUGCACUUCACAGGGCAACAGCAACGUGGUGACGCCGGAGAUCCACGCAGACAAUGGCCCGUACUGCAACGUGUCGAUCCGAUCAGCGACGGCGCGAGAAGCCGUCGCCAUGCAGUGUGGCCGAGUGAGGGACGCGGUCCGGUCCCUCGUGGCUCUAUACAGCAGAACCAGGCUCUUGGACUUCCAGUUGGCUGAGACGCAUUACCUCACGCCCAGCAAUGUUGACAAAGCGGUCCCAGCGCACACGUGCGUGGAGGCGACGCUGUUCUGCAUUGAGGCGGUACACUGUCUACCCCUCUGUUGGAGUCACGACGAAUACAUGUUCCACGGGCAGGUGUACCAUGGCACUCGUCCUCUGAAGACCUUACACCUCACGCAGUCUUCUAAGAUCGAGUGCGCUGGAUUCUACCCGAGAAUUAUAUUCGAUACUUGGUUAAGCCUAGAAGACCUACCAAUCAACAUCCUCCCGCGCGAGUCUCGACUAGUCCUCACCCUGUACGGUCGUACACAAAGGAGCGUCGACAAUCAGAACCAGAACGACAACAGCCAACAGAACAACGAGGGAGAUGAGGAGAACGGAGAUGUGCAGUUCGAACAGGUUGAACUUGGGUGGGCGGCUAUACAGAUGUUUGAUUAUGAUGGAAUGUUGGCAUCAGGCCACUAUAUACUGCCGCUGUGGCCGCCAUGCUGCGACCGCCGCAUAGGCCCUGCGCCGCAUCCCAUGAACUCACCGCCUGGCCCGCAUCCGGUCGUCAAUAUUGAAAUUCCUUUAUACGAGCACACUGGAGUGAAAUGGUCGUGUGAAGAGAGCAAGGAGAUAUCCUCCGAAGAUUUGCCCGCGUUCGAUUCCCUGGACGGGCACACUCAGUCGCAGCUGCUGCAUCUGAUCGAGCAGGGUGCUUACCAGAGGAUGCCCACGGAAUGUCGAGAGGUGAUGUGGGAGAAGCGUCAGUACCUGGUCCAGCUACCGGGCGCUCUGCCCCUGGUACUCCUGGCUGCUACCAACUGGUACGGCGAACAACGCGCGCAGCUGAUCGCAUUGCUCAAGCUCUGGGAGAAACCUUCACCACUCAACGCCAUGCACCUUCUGUUGCCUUGUUUCCCUGACGCGGCUGUUCGCGAGAUCGCAGCGAAAUUGAUAAACCAGAUGUCGGACGACGACCUGUGCCGAGUUCUACCUCAGCUGGCACAGGCGUUGCGGCAUGAGACCUUCGAGGCUGGGCCUCUAGCAGAAAUGCUACUAUCGCGUGCGCUCUCUGCGCCGGCCGUAGCCCAUCGCCUGUUUUGGUUACUAGUUCAUUCGCUACCCAAUGUGCCUCAGGCGCCAAACCAAGAGUUUCUGGGCAUAUCUCUUGAAGAGGGAGCGAGCGAAGCGAACGUGGUGGAGGCGAGUGGCACGUGGCGGUACCGACUGCUGCUGCGCGCCCUGCUGGCGCUGGCGGGAGAGAACCUCACCAACACCCUCAUGAGACAACAACUGCUAGUCAAGACGCUGUCAGAUGUGGCGAUGUCAGUGAAGAACGCUAAGGAGACGCAGCGGCAGCGAGCGCUGCUGGUGGGCGGCGAGCGGCUGGCCGCCAUGUUGCGGCAGGCGCCCGCCGCGCUGCCGCUGGCGCUGCACCGAUACGUGCACGACGUUGACGUCAAAACUUGCUCGUACUUCUCAUCAAACACGCUCCCUCUAAAGAUCAACUUUAUCGGAAGCGACAACGCUAUCGUUCCGGCCAUGUUCAAGGUUGGCGACGAUCUUCGGCAAGACUCGCUAGUGUUGCAAGUGAUCAAAGUGAUGGACAGCUUGUGGUUGAAGGCGGGGCUGGAUCUCCGCAUAGUUACGUUCCAGGCUCUACCUACAAGUGAUAAGAGAGGCAUGAUAGAAAUAGUAUCGGAAGCGGAAACCCUCCGAGCUAUACAGACGGAAUGGGGUCUAACCGGGUCAUUCAAGGACAAACCUAUCGCCGAGUGGCUCGCGAAACACAAUCCUUCAGAAUUAGAGUACCAACGUGCUCGAGACAACUUUACCGCGUCAUGUGCGGGGUACAGCGUAGCUACGUACCUACUGGGCAUCUGCGACCGCCACAACGACAACAUUAUGCUGAAGACCUCCGGACACCUCUUCCAUAUAGACUUCGGCAAGUUCCUCGGCGACGCACAGAUGUUUGGCAAUUUCAAGAGGGACCGCGCCCCGUUCGUGUUGACUCACGACAUGGUGUACGUGAUCAACGGCGGCGAGCGGCCGACGCAGCGCUUCCAGCACUUCGUGGAGCUGUGCUGCAUGGCCUUCAACAUCGUGCGCGCGCACCACCAGCACAUACUCGACUUGUUCGCUCUGAUGGCGAUGUCGGGCGUGGGCGGCGUGACGUCGGCGGCGGUGAGCUACGUGCGCGCGGCGCUGCUGCCGGCCGCCACCAACGCCGAGGCUGCCGCCGCCUUCGCCAGGCUCAUACACUCCUCGCUCAAGAGCAAGUUUACGCCGAUAAAUUUCUUCCUCCACAACCUGGCGCAGCUGCGGGCGAGCGGCGACCAGAGCAGCAACACAUCCGAACUGCUCUCCUUCAUGCCACGGACAUACACUAUGGCACAAGAAGGGCGUCUAGUCAGCGUGGAGUGUCUCAGCUACGAGAAACGCUACGACCCCGAAAAGCACUACGUGUACGCGCUGCGCAUCUACCGCCAAGGACAGGCCACGCCCUUCGUGCUGUACCGCUCCUACAAACACUUCACUGAGCUGUACCAGAAGAUCUGCCUGCACUUCCCUCUCGCUAAGGUUCACAGCCUGCCGUCGGGGCUGCAUGUGGGCCGCUCGAACACGCGUCAAGUGGCAGAGCGACGUUUUGGCGACGUGCAGGCGUUCCUCACGUCGCUGUUCAGCCUCGCAGACGAGAUCGCGCACUCGGACCUCGUGUACACGUUCUUCCAUCCGCUGUUGCGUGACCAGCAGGACGUCGAGCCUCAGAGGAUGAAGAAUAGAGAGACAACAGAGGUGGAGAACAGCGGGUCGGGCUCGCUGAAGCUGUCGGUGCAGUACGCGGGCGGCGUGCUGUCCGUACUCAUACUACACGCGCAGUCGCUGGCGCUCACGCCGCAGGGACUACCGCCCAACCCAUACGUCAAGGUGUACCUUGUACCGGACCCAACCAAAGAAACGAAACGCAAGACACGCGUACUGAAGCGCAACUCUCACCCGUCGUUCAUGGAGAUGCUUGAGUAUAGGUUGCCGAUAGAAGUGAUUACAAACAGGAGUCUUCAGGCCACAGUGUGGCAUUACGACUCUUUGCAGGAGAACCAGUUCCUCGGAGGUGUGGUCAUACCGCUGAAUUCUCUGCCGCUGAGGCAAGAGACUGUGGCAUGGUACCCGCUAGAGUACAUACCCCGGUAGCUAAUACUCGCCCGCUCCGCUAUAUGGAGCACUGACGUCAUGUGAUCCUAGCUCAAUUUGGAUUCAAAACGAACUGUGUCAAACGAACAUUUUCAUAUAGACGAAGCAUUUCUAAAUUAAUAAGAUACGGUUUGAAAUUGUAUAGUAUCUUUUGUACGGUUUCAAUGUUGCAAUACGAGAAUGUCAGCUGAAUUUGGCCAUAUUAGUAAGAUUGUCUAACCAAAAUUGACGCGCUCAUUUUCAUGUAAUAACUUUUUGGUGCAAUACUGAGCCGACUAUUUUUUUUAUACAAGCUUUUCAUUUUGAAAUAAUCAAUAAUUUUGUUGCAGCUUCUUGUAAAAAAAUCAAAAAAUCUGUCAUUGAAUUAAACGCAAAUCGUUCAAAUCGUAUUGCGUUAAACACUGUACAUAGAACAAACGACGUGGAAGCAUGUCUAAAAUGUACCCCUUACUUAUUGCUACGACUUAGGUAGAAUAUUGUGUUUCGCAAGUUUGCAACUUUGCAAUACGGUGCCAAAAAGCCAAUGUUUAGCUUUUGUUAGACUAAUAAUAUCAAACGAAAAAAGCGAAUAAAGGCAGAAUGCUCACUAGAAGCCGAUAUAAUGUCAAAUGAAAAAAACCCAACAAAAUAUUAAAAUGAAUUGUGAUCAAUAAUCUUACAAAAAAAAAAAACUGUUUCUUAAUUUUAUUUUGUCCCACUUUUUUUUAAUAAUAAUAUUUUUACAGUCUCAUGUCUCAGUACUGCCAUCUAGUGAGUAAAUGUUAGCCUAGAUUUUGAGAUGAACUUCAUAUCAAUUUUUACUAUCAAAGGGAUGUGUAGUUGAAUAAUAUCGGAUGAAUCACAUUCCAAAAUGAAAUAUUAUAUUUUUGUAUUACUUUUUUGAACUUACGUACUGUGGUGCUUCUUAGGUCUGUGUAGUAAAAAAGUUUUCAUACAUUUUAUAAAUUUUACUAUGCAGUUGCACAUAUUUUUGAACUAGUUGAUUACCGUAUUUAUGAUCACACGAGACUUCAUCAGACUUUUUACUAAUUAUAAAGAUUAAUAAUGUAAAAAUUGCCUCAUUCAUUACUUUACACUUUUUACAUAUUAGCAUCUUAUUUAAAUAGAGAGCUGUAAUAUUUGAAACAUGGCUGGUUAGUAAUUUUGUGUUAAAAAAAUCUCACUACUGGAUUUUACAUCUGGAGUUAGUUUUUUGUCAAAAAAAAAGCUAAACAUCUGAAAUAAUGGAGUCAACUAAUAUUUCAUAAAAGUCCGUGUAAUAGAGUAAUCCACUUAAGAUCUGAAUGAACUAUAUAUUACAUCAUUUUCUCUGAGUACAUAACAUCAAAUGGAUAUUUUAAUUUAGGUGUGCUUAGUCUUAGCGCUAUCGUAUUAUCUGUGUUAUAUCAAUAAAAUAAAUUAGUGAUUAUGUUAUGCUUAUGAAAUUAGACAAAUUUAGAUUUAUUAUUUAUUGGUGUAUCAAUAAAGAACUUAAUCCAAUAAUUUUAUCGUUUCGAAUAUAGUUUUUGCUGAAAUCAUAGUCUAGUUUUUGCUUAUGUGUUACGAAAUUUGGUUUGCGUUUUAAUAACUAUAGUUUAGUCUGAGAUAUCUACAAAUGGCUUCCAAUUUAGCUCAAAAUAUCAGGGGUUCCCCCAGUCCCAGAGCUUGUAAUCGACUGACGUUUAUAAAAAUAUCCUGUACAUACAUGUUAGAUAGUUUUUAUACGGAAAUAAAGUAGCGUUUCGAAACAUUUCGGCCUGACAGAAACAUAAUAAGUAGUUGUUGUUUAUUGCAUAUUGUAAUGAAAUUAUGAAUAAAAUCGCUAUAGUAAUG